AUGCCCAAGCCACGCACAAAACGAGGCUCCGGCCGCGAGGCGCGCAAGAGAAAACAUGCCGAGGAUGGCGACUACACUGCCGACAUUGACAGCAAACGACAACGCCGUACGGGCGGCGGUGACGACACCGACAAAUACAACGAAAACGAGAACAACGGCGAGUACCAGCAGGACGAAGUCGCACCUGCGAACGGGGGCGGCUUCGCGAGCCACGAGGACGGGCCGGGCGAGAGAGAAUUCUUCGGCAUGCUCGCCGACGAGGAGCAAGAGUACUUCCGGCGGGCCGACGAGAUGCUCGAGCUCAACCAGUUCCCGACGCCUGAGGACCGCGCGCUCUUUCUCGAGAGCGUCUACACCGAGGCCAGAGGCAAGGAGCUCAAGGUGGCCAGCAGCCAGUCGUGCUCGCGGCUGAUGGAGCGCCUGAUCCAGCUGGCCACGACGGCGCAGAAGAAGCGCCUCUUCGAGGCCUUUGCCGGCCACUUCCUCUCGCUCGUGCAGCACCGCUUCGCGAGCCACUGCUGCGAGGCGCUGUUCCUGCGCUCCGCCGGCGUCGUGUCCCAGGAGCUGUCCGGCUUCGUGCUCGACACGACCGGCGAAGCGGGGGCCGAUGCGCAGGAGCCGGAGAACUCGAUGGAAAACUUGUUCCUGGCGACGCUCGACGAGCUCGAGGGCAGCAUGGGCUUCCUGAUGACUGACCGCUUCGCGUCGCACGCGCUGCGCGUGCUGCUUCUGGUGCUGUCCGGUCGGCCACUCGAGGAUGCGGCGUCCAGGACGCUCGUCAAGAGCCGCAAGAAGGAGCGCGUAUCCGUCGCGGGCUCCGCGGCGGUUGACGAGCAGAACAAGGGCCUGCGCGCGGUGCCCGCGUCCUUUGCUACGGCGGUCACCAAGAUCAUCCGCGACUCGACGGCGUCCAUGGACGCCGCCGGCCUGCGCGUGCUCGCCACCCACCCCAUCGGCAACCCGACGCUGCAGCUGUUCCUCGAGCUCGACCUCUCGCUCAACAAGGCCGAGCAGAAGGCCGACGCGGAGCAGCCGACGCUGCUCUUCCAGCUGCUGCCCGGUGCGCCGCAGUCCCUCUUCGAGGAGGAUUCGGCGGCGACCGAGUUCGUCAACGGCAUGAUCUACGACCCGAUCGGCUCGCGCCUUGUCGAGGCCAUCAUCACGCACGCGCCGGGCAAGGUCUUCAAGGCGCUCAACCAGAACAUCCUGCUGCCGCGCAUCCAGGGCUAUGUGCGCAACGAUGUCUCGUGCUACCCGGCCAUCAAGGUGCUGAGCCGCAUCGGCAAGGACCAGCUGGUGGAGGCGGUGGCCAAGAUCGCGCCGACGGUGCCGCAGCUCGUGGCCAAGCACCGCUACAACGUGCUGCGGACGCUGUUUGAGCGCUGCGCAGCCCGCGGCCUGACGGACGAGGUCAGGCAGCUGAUGAAGGGGCUCCGCGAGGGCUGCGGGCCGCAACCGGCCGACCUCGUCACCACCCUGUGCUCGCUCAAGACCGACGAAGACGAGGCCGACGAGGAGAAGAAGAAGAAGAAGCAGGACGUCACCCAGCUCAGCAAGAACGAAUACGCCAUCCAGUCCCACGGCGCGCAGCUCCUCACCUCGCUGCUCGCCAUCCCCGGCCCGGCCAAGGGCGUGCACGAGUCCCUCGCCGCGCUCCCCACCGAUCUCCUGCUGCGCCUCGCCAACACCUCCCUGCCCACGGCCACGCUCCUCAGCACCGCGCUCAAGACUCCCUCCGCCAACGCGGUCUUCCAGAAGUCAACCGCGCACGCGCUCGCUCCGCACGUCGCGGAGCUGGCGACCUCGCAGAACGGGCACAACGUCGUGGUCGCGCUGGCGGAGGUGCCCUCGCGCGGGCGCGACUUCAGCGUGCCCGCGCACGUCAAGGAGGGCAUGAUGCAGGCGCUGGCCGGGCGGGAGGCGGCGCUGCGCGAGUCGUGGAUGGGCCGCAGCGCGUGGCGCGCGUGGCGCGGCGACGUGUGGAAGAUGAGGCGGCACGACUGGAAGGCCUGGAUCAAGGACAUGGUGGCGGAGGAGUCGCAGCAGGUGGCCUCGUCGGCGGCGUACAACAAGAACGGUACGCGCGCGGGGGGGAAGCGAAAGGAAAACUAG